UCGUUACACUUAUUUGUUGUUUUGAUAUAUCAAUAGUAACAAUUUUCUGUGUUGACUUCAAAUUUAAGGUCAACUUAAAUUGUUAAGAACAUGGCACAGUUUUCUUACCAAUUUGGGACAGUUUCAGUUGUUUUUCUGUUUUUUGCUUUGUCCCAUUAUAAAGUGCACCCUUAUAUGCAUUUCGAAUCGAAUGAUGAACCACAAAACGAUCAUUACGAGAACCAGGAACUGACUGAAAAGAAGCCAGAUGAAGCAGUUGACGCUUAUGACCAUUGGGAAAAUAGCGGACAAUUUGAAAACAUGUACGCCUAUGAUCAUCUGGGAAAUAAGAUCUUUUUCAACUCUGAUGACAGUCAUGGUCAAAAAGAAAAAACCGAGCAGGAGGAAAAUUUUGAUCCAAAAGAUGAGCAUGAUGAUAGGAAUAACAAAGGCAUCUAUGGAACAAACGAUCAAAUGGAAAAUAGAUUUGAUGAAAAACUUGAUCCAUACAGUCAGCCAGAAAAAAGCGGACAUUAUGAGAAUUUGGACCCCUUUGGAGCAAAUGACCAAAACGGACAGAAUCAAAAAUUUGACCCUUACAAUCUCGAAAACAGCAACCAAUUUUACGAAAGAUUCGACCCUAAUGGGCACCAGGAAAACAGAAGAUACCCUGGAAAUUUUGACACUUAUGCCCAGCGAGAAAGUCUCAGACAGCGUGAAAACUUUGACCCUAUUGGCAACCAGGAAAACAGAAGAUACCCUGGAUACUUUAACCCUUAUGCCCAGCGAGAAAUUUUCAGACAGCGUGAAAACUUUGACCCUAUUGGCAACCAGGGAAACAGAAGAUACCCUGGAUACUUUAACCCUUAUACCCAGCGAGAAAUUUUCAGACAGCGUGAAAACUUUGACCCUAUUGGCAACCAGGAAAACAGAAGAUACCCUGGAAACUUUGACACUUAUGCCCAGCGAGAAAACUUCAGACAGCAUGAGAACUUUGACCCUAUGGGGCACCAGGAAAACAAACGAUACCAGGAAAAUAUUGACCCAUAUGCUCAGCAAGAGAACAACACACAGCGUGAAAACGUUUAUCUUGACGAUCGAAUGGAAAACUUCAGAAAUCAUGAAAAAAUUGACCCAAACGAUUUCAAUGAAGGAAACAUGAAUGAUUUCAAAUUUGAGUAUGACCCCAAUGAUUUCCAGAAAAAUAACAAAUAUCAUGAAAAUUACAACCCUUAUGACCAAGUUAGAAAUGACAGACGUUUUGAGAAUUACGAUAAUUAUGACGAUCAACGGGGAAACAGACAUUAUGAGAAUUACGAUCAUUAUGACGAUCAACGGGGAAACAGACAUUAUGAGAAUUACGAUCAUUAUGACGAUCAACGGGGAAACAGAGGUGAUGAGAAUUAUGACCGAUAUGACUUCCGCCGACAAAACUAUGAUGGGCAUAACGACAGGUAUGGGUAUGAUGGUUACGGUUAUGGCUACGAUGAGGAGUACCAGUACAGGUACGAGGACUACCAGGAGGACUACGAUGAGGACUACAAUGGAGGGGGUGGGCGAUACCAUGACAUGUUGGAUGGUCAUUACUCCUCAUACAGUUCACUGGAUCCUGAAAAAGAAAACCAGGGCUGGGACCCUGCCAUGUUCGUCAAGAAGCUCGAAGCGCAACGAAGGACCAUGUGCAACAGAGCGAGUGAUUGCACAGUCAUGUGCAAGCAGCACCAACCUCACGACUUCAAAGAGAGAUUUCCAAAUUGCAUUCUAUAUGGAAUCUGCACCAAUCAUUACUGCAGUUGUGGUUGCAAGGACCGAACUGAACUGAGAAAAUGAACCAACGUUAAUAAAACCAUUGUAUCCUAUGACUCUUCAAAAAGUUUUGAAUUUUGGGUGAAACCUUUAUAUGUCUGUUUUUCUUUUCAGUUUCCUCAAACAAUGAUUCCCCAGAACU